AUGUGGAACUCAUGGCUGUCAGUGAGAGACUCUAUCAAAGCAGGCUUAUGCUAUCAAAUCAGAAAAGGGAACAAGGUAAAAAUCUGGGAGCAUCCUUGGUUGCCAACUGUUCAAGGCCAAAUUCCCUCAGCCAUCAGCCAAGAAGCUAAGAACUACACUUUGGUGGAAGAGCUGUUAGACAACACAGGCAGGAACUGGAACAGGGACUUAGUGAAAAGACUUUUCUCUGAUACUGAUAGUGAAGCCAUCCUCAACCUUAAAGAUCUGGACCCAUCUCUUGAAGAUAAACUUCGUUGGAAGCAUGACAAGAAUGGUACACUAUCAGUGGCUUCAGUCUAUGCUAAGCUAGCAGAUGAUAAAUGGAGGAACAUGGAUAUUGCUGAGUCCAGCAAAGAUCAUUCAGAUGCCAAAGCUAUGAGAAAGAGAAGCUGGAGCCUUAGAAUCAAAGGAAAAAUUAGACAUUUUAUUUGGAGAAGUGUAGAAAAUCUGCAGCCAGUUCUCUUAACUCUGUUCAAUAAGAAGCUAGCUCAUGAUCCUAUUUGCAGAAUCUGUGGCAGUGAGGUGGAGUCUCUGGAGCACUUGUUCUUUCUCUGCCCUCGAGCUCAAAUCAUUUGGAAACUCUCCCCAGUCUCCUGGGAUGGAAUGGAGUCUGACAACCUUAACUUCAAAAGAUGGUGGACUAGACUUUGCUUGAUCAAGAAUUCGGUUGGUGUAAGUGACAGAAUUAAUCUCACAGCAUACAUCCUGUGGUCAAUCUGGAAAUCCAGGAAUUUAAUCCUAUUUCAAAACAUCUGGAAACCGGAAAAGUUUGUGGUUGAAUCUGCCUGCAAAGAGUGGCUGGAAUACUCUGCUUCUUUUGUGUAA